AUGAGCGGUAGAGAAAGCUAUAUAAAGCAAGCUAGAAACGCUUUGGCUGAGAAUGAUCCAAAAAAGGCUUUAAAGAUUCUCAAACCUUUGAAAAAAAUUCUCAACUCGUCUAGCGCCCCUGAUGUCCACCUGCUUCAGAUUUUUGCAGACGUUUAUCUCGAGAAUGGGCAAUUACAAAAUGCGUAUCCUUUGUUGGAAAAGGCAUGUGAACUUGAUCUCGAUGGUAAGAAGGGAGGAUCUGACAAAUUCUUCACGCUGGGACAAGUAAUCGGUGGACAGGAUGGUUUGAACAUGCUUAUACAAGGUAUUCAGAAUAUCUCUGCAAUAUCCGGCGAUAAUUUGGAUCAGGAAGAGGCUGAGAAAAGUGUUGAAGGCCUUUUGGCCAUGAUCGAAAUUUGGAUGACGGAUUUAUGCAUGGACCCAAAUGCGGAGGAACAAUGCGAAGAGCUUAUCCAAAAAGCGAUGGAAAUCAGUGAUCAAAAAGCUGCAGAGGUCUGGUCUACGUUGGGAUCUAUUCGUAUUUCCCAGCAACGAUAUCAGGAAGCAUCAGAAGCGUUUGCUCAAUCAUGGAACUUUUUUGAGCUGAAAAAGCAGGAAAUAAAGAAUGACUUAAGUUUCGAUGAGUCUAUAUCACAUGAAAAAUAUAUUCAAUUACUUCAGCCUUUGCUUUCACUAAUGAAAAUGUGCAUUGAGUUGGGGCUGUACGAUGUUUCACUGAAAAUUGCGAACGAAAUAAGGGACAUCGAUGAAGACAACCUUGAAGCUCACUAUUUAGAGGGUUUUACUCAUUAUAUGGUAUGUAAACUGGAAAUGUUCAAAAAACAAAAUUUAGAAGCUGAUAUCAACGUUAAUAACGUUUUUGAGUUCAAUCAACAUUUCCAGGAGCUGCCGCUAAAUAUUAAUGAUGAGGAUAUAGCAGACAGCGUAUAUGAAGCCAGAAUUUCUCUAAGUAUGGCCUCGAAACUGGGAGAAACCUGUGAGCUUGCAGAUGAAAUAGUUCAAGAGCUCAUUGCAGGCACAAACGAACUACUGAAGGAGUUAGGAGGGCCAUUACCAAUCCAAGAAUUGAUGCAAAUUAAAAGAGAUGAAAUCGAUGCCAACCAAGAUGAACUAGAUCUGGAAUCUGAGCUGGUAGCGGAUUAA